AUGGGUCGGUAUGAAGAAGCCGAAACGAUUGCAGAAGAAGUUUUGAAUCUCAGAUCCAAAUCUCAUGGUGCUGACGACCCAGAAACUCUAUCCGUCAAACAUGAUCUUGGGGUAAUUUACAGUUCCUGGGGGAACCUAGAAAAGGCCGAGACGGUGUUCACUCAGAUUCUGGAUACAAUGCACCACAGUGGAAACGAUGAGCUUGAAUUGCGUUGCAAAGGUGGCCUCGCCAACUUAUACCAAAGACAGGGACAGCUUGACAAGGCUGAGAUGAUGAGCCAGCUUGCGAGAAUAUACGAAAAGAAGAGACAAACAGAAGCCUCCGAGUUUCUUCUACGAGAGGUCACAGUCGGUAUGAACGCAGAAUUGGGGCCAACUCAUUCGGACACAUUUCUUUACAAGGAAAAGCUGGCUUUGGUUAUGAAAUCAAAUGGGAGGCUCGAUGAAGCUCGCGAAGUCAUAGAGGAAUGCUGGAAGACUGCCUUACAAGCAUUUGGCCCGGAUCAUGGUCAAACAAAGAAAGCUUUGGGGCUGCUAAAUGAAUGGCAAGAAGGGGUCUGA